GUCUCUCUGUCUUCUCAUCAUGCCUACCUCUACAUCUGCCCCCAUCCGGAUAAUUUCCAGAACAUCCGUGUGUUGGUCGCAGCCGUUACGGCCGGCAGGAGCUCACGGUGGUUGAACUGCCUCCCAAUGCCGAAUUCAAGAACCGUUUUUUCUCUCUGCCCAAACUCCCAGCUCUGGAAACCAGAGCAGGGGUCUAUGUGUCUGGUCCUACAGCUGUCUUACCUGCUUUCUCCAGAUGUUAUGAGAGGGCACAAUCCCGAAACAAGAGCUUUGGUGCGGCAAUGGAUCAGCUACGCUGACAUGGAAAUAGCUCCGCCGCCUGUUCUGUCGCUUUUUCUGCGCUGAAGAUUUCCAAGCAGAAUAAACAGGGGCUGGAUCGUGCUGUAGCCGAACUGCAGCAUCUCCUUGGGGUGCUGGACAGUCACUGAAGCUUCGGACAUACCUGGUGGGGGAAACCAUGACUGGCCGAUGUGACCGCUGCUGUUGUCUUUUGUUGCCGUAUAAAUAUGUUCUCAACCAAACCCUUCGCACUUAUUUUAUCAACCUGACUCGAUGGUUCCUGACGUGUAUCAACCAACCAGAAUUCCAGGCUGUUUUGGGCACAGUGAGGUUGUAUGAGGGCCCAGGAGGUGGUGUUCUAGAAAUGGACUUUAAAGCUGAGUUGCCGGAGAAAGAGGAGAUAGAAGAGCCCCCUCCCAAAAGCGCGUCGCAGCUGAAGAAAGAGGCCAAAAAGAAAGAAAAACUGGAGAAGUUUUCUUCAGAAGAAGGAAAAGAACCUGCAGCAACAGGGAGAGAAAAGCCAAAAGCUGAGAAGAAAGAAAAGAAGGAUCUUGAAAUCAUCACCUAUGAUAUCCCCACCAAACCAGGAGAGAAAAAAGAUGUGACGGGUCCAAUGCCUGACUCUUACAGCCCGCAGUAUGUCGAAGCAGCUUGGUAUUCAUGGUGGGAGAGCCAGGGUUUCUUUAAACCAGAGUACGGCCGCCGCAGCGUAUCUGAGCCAAACCCCAAAGGCAUCUUUAUGAUGUGUAUUCCUCCACCCAAUGUUACCGGAUCGCUCCAUCUCGGCCAUGCCCUCACCAAUUCCAUCCAGGACUCUCUGACAAGAUGGCACAGAAUGAGGGGAGAGACCACUUUGUGGAACCCCGGCUGCGACCACGCGGGCAUUGCCACCCAGGUGGUGGUGGAGAAAAAGCUUUGGAAGGAGCAAGGGAAAACACGGCAUGACCUUGGCGAGCCGUUCAUCGAGGAAGUCUGGAGAUGGAAAAACGAAAAAGGGGAUCGGAUCUACCAUCAGCUGAAGAAACUGGGUUCCUCCAUGGACUGGGACAGAGCUUGUUUCACUAUGGACCCUAAACUCUCCUAUGCUGUCCAAGAAGCUUUUAUCCAGUUGCACGAGAAAGGGAUCAUCUACCGAAGCAAGCGCCUCGUCAACUGGUCCUGCACUCUCAACUCAGCCAUUUCUGACAUAGAGGUGGAUAAGAAGGAAUUAACAGGCCGGACGCUCCUGCCCGUCCCAGGCUACAAAGAGAAGGUUGAGUUUGGGGUGCUGGUCUCCUUCGCUUACAAGAUUGAGGACUCAGAGGAGGAAGUGGUGGUGGCUACCACCCGUAUUGAGACGAUGCUGGGAGACACAGCAGUUGCAGUCCAUCCCAAGGACCUCCGAUACCAGCAUCUGCAUGGCCGGAAAGUCCAGCAUCCCUUCACGGGACGCCUCCUGCCCAUUGUCUGUGAUGAUUUCGUUGAUAUGGAGUUUGGAACCGGUGCCGUAAAGAUCACACCGGCUCAUGAUCAGAACGACUAUGAGGUUGGCCUGCGUCAUGGACUUGAGUUCAUCAACAUUAUGAACGAGAACGGCUAUCUCAUCAACGUUCCUCCACCCUUCCUGGGUAUGAAGCGCUUUGAAGCCCGUCAAGCAGUGCUGGAAGCGCUGAAGGAAAAGAAGCUCUUCAAGGAGGUGAAGGACAACCCCAUGGUGGUACCAGUGUGCAGCCGCUCCAAAGACGUGGUAGAACCCCUCCUGAAGCCUCAGUGGUACGUGCGCUGUGACACAAUGGCCCAGGCUGCAGCCGAGGCCGUGCGCCGGGGCGAUCUGCGCAUUGUGCCAGAUUUCCAUCUCAAAACCUGGUUCACUUGGAUGGACAAUAUCAGGGAUUGGUGUAUUUCUCGGCAGCUCUGGUGGGGCCACCGUAUUCCAGCAUAUUUUGUGACUAUUGAUGACCCUUCUGUGCCAGCGGGAGAGGAUGUGGAUGGCAAAUACUGGGUGAGUGGUCGGAGCAAGGAAGAAGCGAAAGAAAAGGCAGCCAAAGUCUUCAACGUCAGCCCGGAUAAAAUCUCCCUCCAACAAGAUGAGGAUGUCCUGGACACCUGGUUCUCCUCUGGCCUAUUCCCUUUCUCCAUCUUUGGGUGGCCCAAUUCAGGUGAAGAUCUUCAGGUUUUUUACCCUGGAACUCUCCUGGAGACUGGACAUGACAUUCUGUUCUUUUGGGUGGCCCGUAUGGUUAUGUUGGGCCUCACGCUGACAGGAAAGCUACCCUUCAGAGAGGUUUACCUCCAUGCUGUCAUUCGGGAUGCCCACGGCAGGAAGAUGAGCAAAUCACUGGGAAAUGUCAUAGAUCCCUUGGAUGUGAUCACCGGCAUCACUCUGGAGGGUCUACAUGCUCAGUUAUUAGACAGCAAUUUGGAUCCCCUUGAGCUGGAGCGAGCCAAAAAGGGACAGAAAUCAGAUUACCCCAACGGAAUCCCAGAAUGCGGGACGGAUGCCCUUCGGUUUGCUCUCUGUGCUUACACAACUCAAGGCCGUGAUAUAAACCUGGAUGUGAACCGGAUUCUGGGCUACCGGUAUUUCUGCAACAAACUUUGGAACGCCACCAGAUUUGCUAUCCGUGGUCUUGGGGAGGGAUUCCAACCACCCCCCAGCCCAGAGCUCAGUGGUUCCGAGAGCCAUGUAGAUCUCUGGAUCUUGAGUCGCCUGAGCCACGCCGUGGAGUUAUGCGAUGUGGGAUUUCAGGCCUAUGACUUCUCUGGCAUCACCACCGCCGUGUACAAUUUCUGGCUGUAUGAGCUGUGUGACGUCUACCUUGAGUGCCUAAAGCCUGUGUUUGCCGGAUCGGACCAGGCUGCAAUUCAGACAGCCCAGAAUGUUCUUUACACCUCCUUGGAUGCUGGGCUUCGUCUCCUCAGUCCUUUCAUGCCUUUCGUCACGGAGGAACUGUUCCAGCGGCUGCCCCGGCGGUCUCCUUCCUCUGACCCUCCCAGCAUCUGUGUCACCCCUUACCCUACUACUGAGCAGUUCCGUUGGAGGAAUGAAGAAUUGGACCGCACUUUUGACUUCGUAUUAAACAUCAUCAAGGCUGUGCGUUUUCUCCGGGCAGACUACAACCUCACCAAAACCAAAGCUGAUUGUUACCUACAGUGCUUGGAUCUUCAGACAGCGGAGACUGUGACUUGUUGCUCCGAAUAUAUCUGCAUUCUUUCCUCCUCCAAGCAAGUCUUGGUACUUGAACCUGGAAAAGUUGCUCCCCCUGGCUGUGCUGUAGCUAUAGCCUCUGACAAAUGCAUUGUCCAUCUACUGCUGAAGGGCUUGAUCGAUGCAGAGAAGGAAAUAGCGAAACUGACCGGGAAAAAGGCGGAGCUGCAGAAACAAAUCCUACUGUUACGCCAGCGUAUGGGGAAUCAAGAUUAUGCUCUGAAGGUACCAGCCAAAGUCCAAGAACUGGACGCAGCCAAGCUGAAACAAAGUGAGACAGAACUGCAGAAGGCAGACGAAGCCGUUCAGAAUUUCAAGAAGAUGAUCUGAAGUUGAAGGAGAUACGAAGCCGCUCGGAUGGGCCUGUUCUAGGUUUGAGGGUUGGGAAAGAAACCUUUUCAGAGCAAAAGCCAGAGGACUUGUUUCUGUUCAGCUGUUCUUAGUUCGUUAUAUUUUCUGUGAAGACAUUAAACUAUUUUGCUCAGUUA